CGCUUCUUCGGGACCGUGACUCCGUUCUCCUCCUCGCGUACUCUGACAUUGUGAUGUGGUGAACGGAUGCCGUUCUCCCCGGGGCUUCCGGAGUCUCAUCCCCGAGGAAGCUCUCUCGCGCGCGGCUGACAGAUCAGAGGGGUGAGACAGAUGUUGGGACCCAGACUUGAUGAUGGGAGGCGUUCAUUCAGCUGCAGACACUUCUGGUUCUGGCGCUCAUGUGGGUUCAUCGAUAUUAUUAAAAUAACGAACGAUGAUACAGUGAGCAGUAUGUCAUAUUUCUAGUGGAACCCAGCCAGAGCAAGAGCACAAACAACAGUAUAAUGAGAAAAGUAGCUCCCAACGCUCAGCAGGAGGAUUCACAGUGGAGACACUGUCCCCCACCCCGGGAGAAGCCAGAGGUCAUGAAUGUGUCAGGAAGUCCGGCAACUGGGAUGCGGCCGGGGACACACUGGAGAGUUGUCGACUGUCAGGAGGAAGUGUCUGGGGAGAUGGAAGUUUAGACUCUUUACUUCUGUAAUUGGGUGGACAUGGAAAACCGACCAAACUGAAGGACAGAAAUAGAAAGAAAGUAAUAUUUUUAGCCUUUGUAUAUCCUGAACUGCUGGAGGAUGCUGUAUAAAUACACGACAGUUGUCUGAUAAGGAGCUGUAUGAUCUACACACACUAGAUGUGGCGUCCAGAGUCUGCGCCCGUGGUGACAUGUUUGUGCUCUCGGCAGUGUCGUCUCCCUGUUUGGAUGUGGGCCACAGGUAGUUGGUAAAGUCAUCUAACAAAGGCGAGCCGGUACCAAUAUUUGUCCUUGCUGACUGACAGGACGAGAGCCAUCUUGUAGCGGCGUCCUUCUGUUAUCACUCUCAGACUGUCCAUGUGUCUGAAUCUGUCAGUGUUUAGUGUCUAACAAUGCUGUUAUGAUACAUCAUUUGUCUCAUUUAACUGUGGUCAUGUGUCUGUAUAUAUAUGUGUGUGUGUGUGUGUGUGUGUGUUCUCUCUGUCCACUGCUCAUCACAGGAAUGGGAAACCACCAGAGUAGCCAGAACAUCUCCAUCCUGGCUGCCACCUGAGGUCCCUCUGUCAAGCAAUUUGGACUCCGUAGCCGCUCCGACAGUAUCGUUCCGGACCGACACAAUAAGAAAAUGCCGUUGGGUGAAGAGUGUCCAGCCUGGAAAAAGAAGACCACAGACGUGAAAGAAAAGUACGACUUCAAGGAUGUCUUGGGGACGAAAAAGUGGAAAGAGAGGCGUGCAAAACAAUGGUUGGACACGUGGAACAUAGAAACCUCCCCAUCACUCCCCAACAUGAAGGACCAACCUAGAACCUGUGAGGAUUCCAGCGUGAAGCCUGGAAUCAGAAAAAAAUCAGGAGAGAGAGAGAAAAGUGCAGCUCAGAAUUGGAGUGUGGUGAUGAGAGGCGCUUUCUCGGAGGUGGUCCUGGCCGAGGAAAAGAGGACCCAGAAACUGGUGGCCAUCAAGUGCAUCCCAAAGAAGGCGUUAGAAGGCAAAGAGAACAGCAUUGAGAAUGAAAUUGCAGUUCUGCACAAGAUUAAACAUGCCAACAUCGUGUCUCUGGAGGACAUAUUUGAGAGUAAAUCGCACCUCUACCUGGUCAUGCAGCUGGUGUCUGGUGGGGAGCUGUUCGACCGGAUCAUUGAGAAGGGCUUCUACACGGAGAAGGACGCCAGCAAGCUGAUUCAGCAGAUUCUGGAUGCUGUCAAGUAUCUGCAUGACCUGGGCAUUGUGCACCGCGACCUCAAGCCGGAGAAUCUGCUCUACUACAGCAUGGACGAAGACUCCAAGAUCAUGAUCAGUGACUUUGGCCUCUCCAAAAUCGAGGACUCUGGCAGUGUGAUGUCCACCGCCUGUGGAACGCCUGGAUAUGUUGCUCCGGAGGUGCUAGCACAGAAGCCCUACAGCAAAGCCGUAGACUGCUGGUCCAUCGGGGUCAUCUCCUACAUCCUGCUGUGCGGUUACCCCCCCUUCUACGACGAGAACGAUGCCAAGCUGUUCGAGCAGAUCCUGAAGGCAGAGUACGAGUUUGACUCUCCGUACUGGGACGACAUCUCAGACUCGGCCAAGGACUUCAUCGUCCACCUGAUGGAGAAGGACCCGCACGUCCGUUACUCCUGCGAGCAGGCUCUGCAGCAUCCCUGGAUCGCCGGCGACACAGCGCUUGACAAGAACAUCCACGAGUCCGUCAGUGCGCAGAUCAAGAAGAACUUUGCCAAGAGCAAGUGGAAGCAAGCCUUCAAUGCCACGGCCGUCGUCCGCCACAUGAGGCGUCUGCAGCUGGGCACCACUCAGGAGGGUGCGGCAGCCCUGCAAGAAGAGGAUGAGGCCCCAGAUUCGAUCUCCCCCUGCAGCCUCCGGUGCCACCCGACCAGCCGAGUGUGAUCCACUCCACGCUUCUGUCUCAUCCCAGUGACGUCUCACUUUUAAUCCCUCGGAGGAACCCGCGGCCCCCCUCAUCCGGUUGGGAAACACAGUACCGACCUCUGGCCUGCAGGGGGAGCCAGCCUGUCCAGCCUCAGACAGACCUGAAGGGGGCGACCUCCAGAGUGGCUCUCUUUUCCAGACUGGGCUUCUAGAUUAGGAUUCUGUUAAAGAGAAUGGUGAUAUUGUGCUCUGUCAGGGGUGGUGGUUUUAUUGAGUCGCAGGACGGAGCCUUUCCACUUCUCCUCUUCUGACUUGUUUUUUUUUUAUUCGGCCUGUGCUCUUUCGUCCGUGGUGUCUGGUCCCCCUUUCUCAGCUGCAUGUCGACAGUAAUGCGAGUCAGCGUGUUUAAAAGCAGAGCAACCAGGGUGGUUUUGCAGAACCCCUUUGUUUUGUGACCUAUCUGCAUCACGUGUCCCAAAAGAAGCUUUUAGACAAUCACUGACUGGUUUAUGCAACGACACCUCUGUGUUUACGACGUAGCCUUGUAUGCGGUGAGGAAACAGUUUUUGGAAAGAAAGGCUCCGCCUCCUUCUCUUGACUUUGCGCCCGCAGGGAUUCUCUUGUCUAAGGUGCCUUCAGGAUCACGGUGUGAUGGGCUGUGCCGGCUCUCGUCUCUCUCUGAUUUGCAGUACUGGGCACUGACACUUGAUGUACGUUAGCGUUUCUCCUUUGCAACUCUAGAGCACAGCCAGGCUCAGAGCUGAGUCCAGCCGGGUUAUCCUCAAUAUCAUCUGGAUUAAAAGACUGACAAACUGCUUGAAGGUGUCUUUCAUCAUCAGAACUGGGUUCCCCACAGUGCCCGUGGGUCCAAAAGUGGUCGGCGAACCUCAGAUUUUAGCUUCAGUUCCAUUCCAUCCCUCCCUCUCUCUGCCGUAGCUCUCUCUCGCCCCCUUCUGGUGCUGAACUUUGCAUGACAUGUCACAGAUGAUGCUUGUCCUUGACUUCUUCUGAGGUGAUUCCUUUUGCAUUCGGUGGUUCAUGUUUGCGGGUGUUAGAACGUGGCUUACUAAUCCUGUGGCUGUGGUGUAUCUGGACAGUGGUGCAGUCAGUACCUCAGUGUCGGUCUUAUGAAAGUGCUGACGUCGGCUGAAGGUGGCCCAGUCAGGACUGUAAAAUUCCAAAAAGACCUGCGACACACACAACACUGCAACACCCUGGUCCCUGUAGGACUGAACUCCGCUGAAGACUUCACUGUUUCUCUGCACAAAGAUGGUGAUUGUGUGUUUCUAGUGUAAUGCUGUAUGAAGGCUCUCAACCUCAGUGUGUAACAAUGGAGCAGUGUGAUUGUUGUGACCUGUUUACCAUGAAUAUGUUGCCUUUUUAUAAAUGUUUUUAUUUUGCUGGGGCUACAGUGACGUGCACAGAUGCAAUGCAUUAUGGGUUGUUGAGAAGUGACUUGUUUGUAAAGCAUUAAAUCCUAUGCCUA